CAAAUCAGGGAAGAGGGUUGCGUUGCGCGAUUGCCUUCGUCUCCAGGGUUUCUUCUUGCCCCGCCCCGCCCUGCUCUGUUCUGCUCUUCCCUGCCACCUAAGUCUCUCUCUAUUGAUUUUGCUUUCUCACCGCCUAAUCCUAAUUCCUAACCCACUAGUUUCCCUUUCACUUUGAUUCUAACUUUGCGCUGGUUCUGCCUCGAGCCAUGUCGGAAUUGGACCGGACGCUUCCAAUGCAGGGAAUCGAGGAGGACAUCAAGGCCUUGCAGCUUGAUUCGCAAGCCGAAGACACUGUGAUGGCUGACACAGAUGAUGGGAAGCCUGCUAAAGCUGAAAUUUCUGAUAGUAUGGAUGAAGAAAAUACAUUGAUGGCUAAACCUGAGGACAUGAAACAUGAUUCUGAUGUCCGUCCCCAGGAAUCUGAUGAAGGAAAGGAAAGCUCUCCUCCCGAUGAAGUUGAAGAUGAGAUGGAUCAGAAAAAACGACACUUGAAUGUUGUUUUUAUCGGUCAUGUUGAUGCUGGGAAAUCAACAAUCGGAGGGCAAACAUUAUAUCUCAGCGGUCAAGUUGAUGAGCGUACCAUCCAAAAAUAUGAGAAAGAAGCUAAAGACAAAAGUAGGGAGAGUUGGUACAUGGCAUAUAUUAUGGAUACAAAUGAGGAAGAGAGAGUUAAGGGGAAAACUGUUGAAGUUGGGAGAGCUCACUUUGAAACAGACACUACUAGAUUUACAAUAUUGGAUGCCCCGGGUCACAAAAGUUAUGUACCCAACAUGAUCAGUGGUGCAUCUCAAGCAGAUAUAGGUGUAUUGGUAAUUUCUGCUCGUAAAGGAGAAUUUGAAACUGGUUAUGAGAGGGGUGGACAGACACGCGAACAUGUCCAACUAGCUAAGACGUUGGGAGUCUCUAAACUAUUAGUUGUUGUGAACAAGAUGGACGAGCCCACAGUAAAAUGGUCAAAAGAAAGAUUUGAUGAGAUUGAGUCGAAAAUGUCAACGUUUUUGAAGUCUUCUGGUUAUAACGUAAAAAAAGAUGUGCAAUUUCUUCCAAUAUCUGGUCUCAUGGGAACAAAUAUGAAGACCCGGGUUGACAAAAGCACAUGUUCUUGGUGGAGUGGUCCAUGUCUUUUUGAAGUUCUUGAUGCCAUUGAAGUUCCACAGGGUGAUCCUAAAGGUCCUUUCAGAAUGCCUAUCAUUGACAAAUUCAAAGAUUUGGGAACUGUUGUUAUGGGGAAAGUGGAAUCCGGGAGUAUCUGCGAAGGUGAUAGUUUACUGGUCAUGCCAAAUAAGGUAGCGGUGAAAGUUGUCUCCGUUUAUUGUGAUGAAGUUAAAGUGAGGCGGGCUGGACCUGGUGAAAACUUGCGAGUCAGGAUGUCUGGGAUUGAAGAAGAGGAUAUCUUGUCGGGUUUUGUUCUAUGUAGUAUUGAAAAGCCAAUCCCUGGUGUAUCUGAGUUUGUCGCCCAGCUGCAAAUUCUGGAGUUGCUUGAAAAUGCAAUCUUUUGUGCGGGGUACAGAGCUGUUCUUCACGUCCAUGCAGUGGUGGAGGAAUGUGAAAUUGUUGAGUUGAUUCGACAAAUUGAUCCAAAAACCAAAAAGAGUAUGAAAAAGAAACCCCUCUUUGUUAAGAAGGGUGCUUUGGUUGAAUGUCGCGUGCAGGUGAAUAACAUGAUAUGCGUUGAGAAGUUUUCUGACUUUGCCCAGCUUGGACGAUUCACCCUUCGGACUGAAGGAAGAACUGUUGCUGUGGGAAAAGUUACUAAUCUCCCUGCUGCCUAAGCAAAUCUUGUCGUCUGAGGCAACGAGAAGCAGCUGGCAAUUGCUGCCAUUGGCUAGUCGCUCGUAGUCUUACCCUUUUUUUUCCGAGUGUAUCCUUAUUAAGCGAAUACAUGUUAUAUGAUGAUGAUGACAUUGUUUUGACCCUUUUCCUCAACUGAGGUGUAUAUGAUUAUUAUGACUUGGUUGUAUUUCCUUUGUGGUGGCCAUUUAUUUUUAUCAGAUAUAUUUACAGUCUGAAAUAUAGAAAAUACUUUUUGAUUCGAUGGUU